UAAUGGAGGACAAAACUAGACAAACCUGGAGUCUACUGGAAAGAGCCAGUAGCACAGAGGAGGUUUGGGUAAUUUUUGAGAAAUGCAACGUGAUAUCCAAUCGUAGGGCCCCCUGUCUUUAGGACAAACCACGGCUUUGCGUUUUGCUUCGCGUCACGUGUGAUAAAUCCUCUUCUGUAACCCUUUGCGACACAAGGAAGGAAGAGAGAGAGAGGUGACGGAGUCAUUUUUGACAGCGUGUACAAUUUGACUCGUUUUAUUUCAGUCGCUUCUGCAUACAAAAUGUGCCGGGUAGUCAUUAUUCUGUCGGUGGUGUGGUUGUUUUUAGCAGUGGCAAGCACUGGAAACGCAGCAGAUGUAAAUUCAAGGAACAACCAAAGUACAACUUCCAAAGGAGAAAUUGGAAGUCCAAGCGUAGGUCAAAAAACUAGUAGUACAUCUCAUCAGGAUCAGAGCCAGACAAUCGACCAAAAUGCCGCUUCACAUGUUGAGUCCUCUACGACUGUUCAGACAGCUGUGGUUUUCAGUGGUCCCAGCACAAGUGCCAACAGGUCCGGUAAUCCAUCUGUGGCAACAAAGCAAACACAAGAUUCUGUGGCAGAAAAACCUAGAACAACGAACAUUCAGGAACAAAGCGAGCAGGGUGGAAAUAGCCCUGAAGGGGACAAGGACAAAACCACAAACCCAGAUUCUGUUCAAGACCCUCCAAACAAAGACCCACAAAGUAAAAGUACUAGUGUGCCUGACAAGCAGACAACCUCUGAACCCAUAUCAGACACAGAAAAGACGCAGAGCACUGAAGAGAAAAAUUCUGGUGCUGCACCUGGAACCAAGAUGGUUACCAGUACCGAACAAAGACACCCUGAUACAGCAGAGAAGCAACCAGAAAUAGUCAGUACCCGAACGCCCACUGCCCCGAUGACUGGGGAGUCGCAAGAUAAUGAUCAGGACAAGAAGCCUACAGAGGCCCAAGAGGAAGGAGAAGGAGAUGAAGGAGAGGAAGGAGAAGAAGAUGAAGGAGAAGUAGAAGAUAAAGGGGAGAAGACCGAUGAUGUAAGUGUCGAUGAUUCUAAAGAUAACUCUCGGCUCAACAACCAGGAUAGCUCUGGCCUGCAGCCCAAAGAUGACUCUGAGAGCAGCCACUUCUUCGCCUAUCUGGUAUCAUCUGCUAUGUUGGUGGCCGUGCUGUACAUCGGCUACCACAACAAACGCAAGAUCAUUGCCUAUGUUUUGGAAGGAAGGAGGUCAAGAACGUUACGACGGCCCAAAUCAAAUGAGUACCAGAGGCUUGAACAGAAGCUGUGAAACACCCACUGAUGUGAAGACAGAGAAGACCUUUCUGCAGAUGAUGUGAAGGAAGAAGAGACAGAAACGUUGCAAUCUGAACAUUUUUUACAUUUUAUUUAAUGCACUUUGAACGAUCCGCAAUUUUUCAACUUGCUUCGUGCUUCUUGCUUGAUUAGGUUAUAAUUUUUUAAGCAAAUCUUAAUGAAAAGAAGAACCGCUUUUAUGUAUUUUUUUGGCUGCAUUCUCGUUGCAUGCCGUGAAGAGGAUAAAAUUGCCUUAUGCCAGGAGCUUGCUAACAAAACUUUCGACUCAGUGCUGGGAAGUAGACACCAUGGCAGGACUCCUGGGUGUCUUUCCUGUGAUAAGACAUCUUAUUGGCAGUACAGUGCACGAAUGUAGUGUGUAUAAGCUGGACAGAGAAAACUCAAACCAUGACUUACAAAGCAGAUGAAAGUAAAUAUUACAUUAUUUAAAGAUGCCAGGAACCGAGAUCUAACUGAGUAAGCUAGCAGAAAGGCGGUCUGCCUUGAUGAGAGUUAGAACAGAUGGUUUGUUUCGUCUCGUGGGUUACAGCGUUUGUCUGCUGAUGAGAGAGAUGUAAGAAGUCUUGUGAUUUUUAUUUUCCUCAAGAACAUAAACAAGGGGCUGUAGACUGCUCACUGGUUUGUGAUCUUAUCUGUUUGCUAUGGGACUAAAUUGCACUGACACCUUCAAACUGAAAGGAGAAAAAAGAGAGAGCAUGUGAUCAUUUCUGAGCUGGAAGCCAGUCUUCUAAUCUUCUACCACAGAUUACUUCAUCUGUAUUUCCCUCUGUGUAAUCUCUUCCUUGUGGCAGUGCCUGCAACUCUUUAUGGUACUUUACAUCUUGUGUGGAUUUCAACCCAAAGUGAUAUUUCUGCAAGACGUUCACAAGACAGAGUAUACUCUGAUGUAUUUCCCUGUGCACUUGGGUACAGCUAGUCUGCUUUUGAAAAGCUCCUUGUCCUGUUAUUCUCUUGCAAGGAACUCGGAUGACAGGCAUUUUAACCAGUAUCUCGGUAAUGCAUGGGUGAAAUACAGAUGCUUUAAACUGUUCUGAGAUGUGGCUCUCAAUGGAUUUAUUUCAUAUUUGCUAGAAACCAUGGCUUGAUUUUUAACUGUGCUGCUAUACAAGAUCCCAGACAUUUUUUAGAGAUAAAUGCCUCUCAAGAGCACCUUGUGAAAGGAUUGAAACCUAGUAGUGUGUGAAUACUUGAAAAAGUCUUGCUUUUUUGUGAUUUAUCUGACCAACCUUCUACAACCACUAUGAUACAGAGCCUUUGUCAAAAUGAGCACCUUUGCCAUAGCAUAAUUAGCAUAAGAUGUAUGACUGUGACACAAUGCUAAGCACAAAGUGCAGCAGACAGACAUUUCCAUACCCAGCAGUUACUUGGUUCACCUGAUCAUUCAGAAGACUGCUGCUGGUAUAAUGAGUGCAGAACGCCUGUGAGGAAUACUUGAGAAUUCUGUUUUUGUGAGGGCUUAUUGGGUAAUCUGGCCAAGCCCUUGACAAUUCUCAUUCAGAAGCUGAGUGAGGAGUUUCUAAGGGAGCUCAACCACUCUCAGAUGCAAGAGUAACAUGCUGUAGCCUGGGUCCUAGCUGGUGACUAUCAUUUCUCUGUGGCUGCCAACAGUCAGCUCAGGACCUCCAAUGUUGUAGAUGGGAUGAGUUGGCCAGGGAUCUCUUGGUUCUAUGACUCUUUCAACCUCCCCAAAUGCCCUGAGUAAUCUAUCUGCCUCUGCUUAUUCAGCACUGAACCCGCUGUGUAAUAAGAGGGUUUGAGGGUCAGAUUAGAAUGAGGUGUGUUUUCCCUGAUGUAGAGUAGGUACAAGGGGCAUCAUUAGGAGCUCAGACAUAAAAAUACAAUAGACAAUUUCAAAUUGGGUGGGUAUUGAAUAAUUAAUUGGUGAUUAAAAAAAACAAAUUGAGUCAAGACUGUGAUGCAAUAAUGAUGAUGAUGAUAAAGGAUUGUCCCAGAAAGCCUGAAUUGUCUUGAUAGCAGAGGACUACAGGUGUAUCAGAAAGUGAUUGUAGAGUGAUUGCAGGUCAUUUGUGAUAUCUAUGUUCUUUGAAGGCAGCAGCUUUGCUGGGGUUUAGCAACAGACUGCAGUGCUGCAGGUGUAUUAGGAAAAAAAGCUUAUUAAGUGAAUGAUGAUAGUUUAUGUGAUUUUGAAUGUUUUAUCCUGGGAGUGGGUGGGUGUGGAAUUUCAAUUAAGAUCAAUUUACAAAGCAGGUCUAUGAUUGUUUUUUUGCCAUGUGAAUUUGUUAGAGAAAUUACCUAAACAAAAGCACUUGCUUUUACAAUUGAUGGUUUUGUUAACUUCAGUUCUGAAAUGUGUUAAUUGUGUUACUGGUUUGUUUGUGUCUCCUAUUUAUUUAAAGUAGCAUCUUGUAAUUAUGUGUUUUCAUAUACGUCACUAGUUCUCAGAUUGCUAAAGAUAUCCUUCACUUUAUUUAAUUGAAAUCAGGAAUGCGGUACAUUUUGAGUUUCUUCAAAAACUGCAUUACUAGUGUGCUAUGGAGAUGACCAGUAAAUAUUAAUAUUCCUGUUGUCCAGAUAGGUAAUUUUCAGGAAUCACAGUCCAUUCUCUGCAAAAGUAAUCAUGUUUAACCACCAGAAAAUAUUUAGCAAAUUUAAGAGCACUUGCAUUUUAAAUGAGGAGCUCAAGAGAAGUGCUUUAGAUGAUGAGGUCCAUUCUUUUUGUUAUUGUAGUUUUUGCUUAGAUUACUUUCUAAAAGUGGGCAACCCUAGUAAAUUAUUGUAACUUAAAAUAUUUUACCCACUUAGAUUUUGUUUCAGAUGUGGUAGAGUGUAGGAGAGUAAGACCAACUCUUACUGUGAAGGAAACUGUUAGGAUCCUAUAAUUUAGUCUAAAUGACAAAUGAAAACAACUCUUUCAUUUCUUACCUGGGGCCCUUUUGGACAGAACAAGGUCCUGCCUUCUCAGAUGUUUCCAUAGUCUGUCACUGUGGUGACAAAUGCAGCCGGCUGGUGCAAAGAUACUGUUUUGUUCUUUAUAAAUAUUUGAUUCACUUUUUCUGUCAAUGAAAAAUAAAUUUGAGACCUGA